AUGAAGCCUAUUUUGGAGAAAAUAAUAUCUCCAUUUCAAGCAGCUUAUGUUUCAGGUAGUUUAAUAAGUGACAACACUGUUAUUGCUCAAGAAAUCAUUCAUUCCAUGAAGAAGAAAAGGGGAGAAACUGGUUGGAUGGUUUCUAAACUUGACAUGUAUAAAGCAUUUGACAGAUUGGAGUGGUCUUUCUUGAUUAAGUGUGUUAGCACUACUUCUUUAUCAGUUAUGCUCAAUGGAUCUCCAUGUGAAGAAUUCAGUCCCACAAGAGAUGAUUGCUUGAUUUUUACUCAAGCAAACCUCAAUUCAGUUAAUAAUUUAUUGGAGUUACUUCACAAUAGUUCCCAAACAGGUCAAGUAAUUAACUUUGAGAAAUCUGCAGUUCAUUUCAGUAAGAAGACAAAACCUGAAGUAGCUGAGACUCUGACACAAACUCUUGGUGUUAAAAUCAUGAACUCUAAAGAAAAAUAUCUGGGAUCCCCAUUAAUUCUUAGCCAUUCAAAACAAGAAUCUUUUAAAUCCACUAAGGAAAAAUUUGAACACAGAUUCUCUUCAUGGUCAAGUACUUCUCUCUCACAAGCAGGUAGAGGCACAAUGAUAAAUCGUGUUCUUGAUUCUGUUCAUGUUUACCAAAUGGGUACUUUCAAGCUUCCUAACAAUCUCAUUCAGCAGCUGAGUACUAUUGAGAGAGAAUUUUUCUGGGGUUACAAUAACAAUAGAGGAUCUAAUCCUACAACAUGGAUUAAUGUUUGCAUACCUAAAGAUUUAGGUGGUCUUGAUUUCAAAGACCUGGAGAAGAUCAAUUUGGCACUUCUUAAGAAACGUGCAUGGAGAAUAUGCAACGAUUCCAGCUAG